AUGAAUCGUUAUUUCGCUAGUUCUUCUGAUCAAGUUCUCAUCUUUUAUGAAAUUCACACGGAUGAUUGUUCAUUUCGAAAUGGUGCUUAUGGUAUUUUCUGCAAUAUUUAUCUCUCGAUUGAAAGUGACUUAUGUUCACCGUUGGUCACGCUUACAUUUGGAUUCCUUGCACUCAAUAAUAUUCGGCAAAGCAAACGAAAAAUAAGACCAUUAGCAAUAACUAGUACAACAUGGCCUUCACCACUUAGUAGAAUAUCGAAAAGAGAUGCACAAAUCUCUAAAAUGUUAUUCAAUCAAAUAUGUCUUUGGAUUCUUUUGAAUAUUCUCAAUCCUUGUUAUCUAUUUUAUUGA